CGAGUUCAUUCCAGUUGUACACACAUACAGGCGUCAUCACCAUGGAGGACUGCGUGUUCUGCGACCCAAUGGCGUGCGCGACGAACGGCAUCCUCUACGAAGUUCACCAUUCCUUUCACGUUCAUGCAGCUGCCCGUAACGAUGCCGCCUGCGUAGGACGACGUCGUGAUGGCGUUCCGAGACAACAACCCGCGCGCCGCCAUCCACGUCCUCGUCGUGCCCAAGCAGCACAUCAAGAACUCGUCCGAACUCGACGAGUCGCACAUCUCCCUCGUGCAAUACAUGGUGGCCGUCGGCAAGCGAGUGCUGGCAGAGCAGUGCGCAAUCCUGUUUGCCGACGCGUUGGCCCCUGCCCACGACCACAAGUUUGGGUUUCACCAGUACCCGUUCAACUCGGUGAGCCACCUUCACCUCCACUGCAUUGUGCCGCCUUUUACGAACUGCUGGAGCCGCUUUCGGUACAGCGAGUCGUGCGUCGGCCAUUACAUCAGCGCCGACGCGUUGGUGGAGAUCCUCCGCCUCAACUAGUCCCCAUCGUCGACGUAAUUCCAGUUUGUUCUGCGUGCAAG